CAAACCGCGACAAAGAUUGCUCUGCAACCGCGACUCCACUCUCGCCAAAAUCUUCAACUCGGCUUUUUCUCUCUCCAUAAAUUUCAGUUUAACUAUCAAUGGACGUGGAAGCAACCUCAAAUUUGCUAUUGCCAGAAGCAUUUCUUGACUUCCUUACUGAGAAUGGUCUCGAUCCUUCAAUAUAUACUGCAAUUGAUUCGAUUCCUCGUUAUAUAAGGUUAAAACCUGGUUGUGAAGCUUAUGUUGAAGAGAUUGAAGGUGAGAUUAAAUGUAAGCUUGAGAAAGUGGGUUGGAUGCCCAAUUUCUACUCUCUUCCACCUCAUAUUCAGAUUGCUAACUCAAAGGCAUAUCAAGAAGGAAAGAUAUAUGGAAUUGAUGCUGCAUCUGGAGCUGCUGUUUCAGCUUUGAAUAUUUCAGCCGGAGAUCACAUAUUAGAUUUGUGCGCUGCUCCUGGUGCCAAAUUAUGUAUGAUGGUAGAUGUUCUUGACAGCUUGGGUUCUGUGACUGGUGUUGAUGUGGCAAGACAUCGGUUAGCAGCCUGUAGAACUAUGCUGCAGAAGUAUGGACUUGGUGAUUGUUGCCGUCUGUUUGUUGCUGAUGGAACAACAUUUUCUUUAGUUCCUACCAGGGCUCAUUCAGAUUCUCAAUCAGGUGCAUCUGCUCCGCAAGAAAAGUUUGAUGUAUACAAGGAGUGGAAAUCUAGAAGACCAUGGAAAGAAAGGAAAAGGGCAGCUAAAGUAAGGGAAAAUGGUGCUUCACAAUUAGUUUCUCGGAUUCAAGAUCCAGAGCUUAUAUAUUACGGAAGACGUUCUGGAGUGAUUGGAAUCAGUAGACAUGAAUUAUAUCAAACUGUGGAUAGCAACGAGCUUCUGCACUGUGGCUAUGACAAGGUCCUGGUGGAUGCAGAGUGCACACAUGAUGGUUCAACUAGACACAUCCAAAAAUUUGAACAAUGGGGCUGGACAACGCUUCAGCGUCGUGUAUUAUGUGCAGAAAGAACUGAUGACUUGACUGUGCUUCAGUUACGUCUUCUAACCAAUGGCUUUAGAUUGCUAAAACUUGGAGGAUUUCUUGUCUACAGCACUUGCAGGUUUCAUCUACAGGCAUUACAGUAUCUUUUUCCUUUUCCCUGGAUAAGGCAUCUUAUAACCCACUUUUGGAUUUUAUCUUUUGAUGAUGGAAUAGUUUAACAGUUUCUCAGAAUGAAGAUGUGGUGAAUCAGUUUCUUUUACAAAACGCUUCUGCCAAGUUGCUGGAGAUUGAUGCUGUGAAAAAUUGGCCUUGCAAGAGUGGGCGGAUACCAAAGACCUUACGCUUUGAUCCUUCAACUUCUCGAACUAGUGGACUUUUUGUUGCAAAGUUCACAAAAUUGGCGAUUCAAUGAAGAUUGGUUCUUGCAUAUUCAUUUGUAAAUAUGGUCCAAAGAAAAGAAGAUAUGAUGACAAGACUUGCUGUGUGUCACUGGUUCUUUUGCUCUACUGGAACUGUAAGAUCAUUGGUCAGGCUACCUAUCCUAUUUACGGGCGUUUCUCUCUCCUCACUUCGUGAAAUAUGACUGACACCACUGUUGUGAAGAAGAUAUGUUUCUUAUUGAACUGUCCACUAAAGGGAAAGGGGGCAAUUUCUACUGCUUUGCUAGUUGCUACCAAACCCUGUUUUUCGUUGUAAUACUACUUGAGAUGGAUCACUUGUCACUGAAGUUGCAAUUGCGACCCGUUCUCGCUGCCAAUGCUACUCCAGUUUCCAUGAUGCUUAUCGUUCUUGCACAAGCAAGUCCCUCUUGAUGUGAUUCUUGAAGAUCAUCAAACUCCAAAAAGGAUUUAUCACAGUUCUACUUCAGAGCAUGGGUAAGGAUACCUGAGACACCGGCAAAGAAAGCCCUGUCUCACAUUUCUUGGAGGAGAUUUAUAGCUAUGGUUUUUGAUUAAACAAGAGCUGGGUAGUCUUUGAUCUUCUUGUCAGCUAGAGUCCUUGUGUUAUUUGAUUGCAUAAAUGCUGGGAGUCCAAUACUAAUACCUCUUGACAACAGCCAAAACACUUGGUAGUUAGCAAUGUUGCCAUUGAAUUUUUAGAGCAACUCCAAAUGACUCGGUAAAGAGUCCUUAGCUAUUUUAGAUAGCUUCUCUUUAAAAUGUGGCUCCAACAGGC